CGUUGGAAGAUCCUAAAGCACUUAUUGCUCACCACAUCUCAGCGCAACAUGCUCAGACUAUUAGUGUUGUUGAUGGUAGUGGUCUAUUGUAACAGCUGCUCCCUUGAUGUGCCCAAUGACGGUACCACUGAUGCCCCAGAUUGUUAUGACAGUGAAGGAAAUUCCCAUCCGAUUUACAGUGAGUGGAGCACAGACACUGAAAGAUGUGUAUGUUCCACUCUUGGGACCCUCUGUUGCCCAAGUUUUAACAACGUAGGCGACUGGGAAAAAUGGUAUGCUGAGCAUUUUGGGGGAUAUCUCCAUGGGAGCAACCAGGAACAUGAGUAUGGAAAUCAAGUGACUGGUGUGACUGACUUCAUUGCAUAUUGAUUGAUUGCAUAUAUAUGAUUAAGGAAACUCAGCUGUCCUACUAACAUCCUACAAAUGUUUUGACGUAAAUAAUUCUCUCUCUCAAGUAUCUUUGCUACUUUGUUAAAAUAAACACAUACUAGCAUGCA